GGAUGGGUUUAGCUUGAAUUUGUCUUAAACGCAUUCAGGUUUACGAUAGGAGAAGAGGCUUUUUUUUCAGAUGCCAAGUUAAUGAAUUUAUAGUCGAUCAGGUCUCUGGGAAUAGGAAAUGGCACUUCGCUUGACACAUCUGCGAAAAUCUCUGGCUUAUUCUCGGUCCUUUGAUGUCUGCAUUCCGUUUUUUCGGUCAAUCUCUUCCUUUGAAGCGGUUGAAAAGGCGAUUAAAUGUGCUGUUGAGACAAAGGAGUAUCUUAGAAUCCCUGAACUUGUUGUGUCACUGAAAGAGCCCUACCAAAACUCAAUGUUAUUCUCUUUUCUCUCUGCUUUCCAACAUCAGCAUAGAAUCCGAGUCAUUGACGAAAUCCUCCAAAGUUUUGUUCCCGUGCGACCUCGUUCACUGCCCAAGAUUGUCUACUCCAGCCUUCUUACUUAUUGCCUUCAGAGUUCUGAUCCUCUUCCUUUGUCUUUCGCAAUCCUCCAACGCACUCUUCGUUCUGGCUGUCUUCCUAACCCUCAGACUCAUCUCCUUCUCUCUGAUGCUUGGCUUGAACGACGACGAGGAUCCCAGUCUGUUGCAGACAUUAUUAACGAGAUGAAAUUGAUUGGAUACAGUCCUGAUACUGGAACCUGCAAUUAUUUAGUGUCCUCUCUGUGUGCUGUUGAUAAGUUGGAUGAGGCGAUUAAAGUUGUGGAGGAAAUGAGUGCAGCUGGCUGUAUUCCUGAUGUGGAAAGUUAUGGGGCGGUGAUUAAUUCAUUGUGUUUGGCUAGAAAGACUAAUGAUGUGGUGAAGAUUGUCAAAGAGAUGGUGAGCAAAGCUGGAAUUUCUCCACGGAAAGGGAUGCUGACAAAAGUAGCAGCAGCUCUGAGAGCCAACAGGGAAAUUUGGAAAGCCAUUGAGAUGAUCGAGUUUGUAGAAAGUCGGGAUUACCCUGUGGAGUUUGAGAGUUAUGAGGUGGUAGUCGAGGGUUGCCUGGAGGUUAGGGAAUACAUUUUGGCAGGGAAGAUGUGAUGAGAAUGACUGAUAGAGGGUUCAUACCAUAUAUCAAGGUUAGGCAAAAAGUGGUCGAGCGUCUGAUUAGCAUCGGUGAAUGGAAGCUUGCUUGUACUGUUAGACAAAGGCUUUCGGAACUGAGGUCUUAGGUAUUUCUCAGAUAAGUGUUAAGAUUUUGUAAGAAUAGCUGCAGUUACGAUCCUGGAAUGAAACUCACAACCCGAA